AUGUCCUGCACCGAGAGAACUGCGCUGCUGGCAGUACAGCAACAACAACAACACCAGCAGCAGCAGCAGAAGCAACAGCAGGAGCCGCACAUCAUUCUGGUGCCCAACAAGGAGGCAAAGGAUUAUGAGCCCGUUUUUACGAUUGCUGACUUUUCGUACGGCUUGUCGCUGGAGGAGCUGCUGCCCUUCGGCUGGGAUCCUUGGUGGCAGAAGGCGCGUCGUCUGUGCUCCGUCUGCCUCUGGCUUGUAUUUGUCCUGACUCUGUUCGCUGCCCUGGCUCUGGCCUACAACCACGACACGGCCACCAUCUGUCCGGCUGUUCGCCUGCCGGCCGCAGCCCCCACUCCGGCGCCACCCGCAACACUCGCCCUGGCCACCAAUGGCACGCUGCUGCUGCCGGGCUAAUGCGAACUGGCACUCGGUAAGUGGAGCGCUUGUACUCUCCUCUGUGGACUAUUGGCUGCUGCAAUGGCAUGCCUAGGAUUACAUCAGCCUGUGCACUUGAGAACAGCCCAGCUGAGCUGAGAUGAGCGAUAAGGCGAGGCCAAUCAGUUGACUUUAGCUCUUCAAUUAUUUAGCAAUUAACAAUUUGUUAUUUAUUUAUAUUCAUUAAAUAGGAAAUAUCAAAGAUA